AGAUGGCGAUGUUGACACAGAACUGCAUAUCAACUUGAAAUUCCAGAAAUUGUAACUAUUCUGACGGCACCUAUCAGCCGAAAAGUUCACGAAAGUGAUUUAUUUUUAAUACAACAAUACGAACGGGGUGCUUGUCACCGUCAGACAAAACUGACUUGACACGAUUUAUCAUUUGAAACAUGAUUAUUCACUUGUCAUUGACUUUGAAAUGAAAUGAGAUGACAUCAUCAUUUCGUUGACUAUUUUCAGUAUCACUGAGUAUGACUGUUAGGAACACAGAAAUGGAAUGAUGUAGCUCAUUGUUCGGGAUCGUGUUUUGGUAUGUCUGGCAUCACACCUGGUUGUAAUUAUGGACGAACAGUCGUUGAAUGAAUUGUUGGAAUGUUCUGUCUGUCUGGAGAGACUUGAUGGGACCAGCAAGGUGCUUCCUUGCCAACACACGUUCUGUAGGAGAUGUUUGGACGAGAUUUUCAGCACAAAACAUGAACUACGGUGUCCAGAGUGUAGAACUCUUGUUGAAAUACGCGUUGAAGAACUACCACUCAAUAUUCUUCUAGUAAGGUUACUUGAGGGAAUCAAAACUAAACAGGUAACCGAGAGGACUUACUCUCCCGAUUCAGGAAAACAAGAAAUCCUUCAAAGCACAGCACAUGGAAGUCGAUCUUCAAGACAGUCACCAAGCAACAGCCAUGCAUGUGCCAAAGCUUUGUAUAACUACGAAGGAAAGGACCAAGGAGAUUUGUCCUUUCGGAAAGGUGACAUGAUUCUACUUCGGAAAAAGGUAGAUGAAAACUGGUUUCAUGGGGAACUUGGUAAUCAGCAUGGCUUCUUUCCAGCUAGCUAUGUACAGGUUGUCAUCCCGUUACCUGUCACUACGCCCCAGUGUAAGGCCUUGUUUGACUUUGAGGUGAAUGAUUCAGAAAAAGACUGCUUAGCAUUUAAAAAGGAAGAAUACUUGACUGUGAUAAAAAGAGUGGAUGAUAACUGGGUGGAAGGGAAGAAAGGGGAGAAAAUUGGCAUCUUCCCCAUCUCCUUUGUGGAGAUGAAUGAUGCUGCCAAAUCAUUAAUCAACUAUAAAGCAAAAGUACCUAUGCAUGCAUCAAGAACUCCAACCAAUGGGGACAGGUCAAAUGGGGAGCGAGUCCCUGCGGCCCCUCCCCCUGGUUUCAAUAAAAACACUUCACAAAGGGUAGCUCCCAUUCCAAAACAAAAACGACACUCGUUCCAUGCUUCAUCCCGCCAUCGGUCACAUUCUAGUCACGAACAGCGUCAUAGAAGAUCUUUAGAUAUCAGCAGUAACAUUGCUGGAAAUCUGAUUAUACCUGGCUCUACUCCUCGCUCCAUGUCACCCCCGCCCCUCCCCAUCUAUAACCAGGAGUCUCACGAGGGAGCUGCUGCUGGCAAAAGUUCCUCAUCCAACAGUUCAACACAGGAUGUUAAAGUUGCUGGUGCUGAUGGCACAUCAUCAAAUACUCAGAAAGGGUCACCACAUGAUGGGCUUAAGGCACCACCAGGCAUUAAUUCAGCCAUACAUGUGGCGUUGUACAACUACAAGCCUACCAAGGAAGAUGAAGUGGAGCUGAAGAAAGGAGAUUACUACACAGUGUCGGACAAGUGUCAGGAUGGCUGGUUCAGGGGCCAGUGUCUAAAGUCUGGUCGUACGGGGGUAUUCCCCGGUAACUACGUCCAGACCGUCAGACACCAGAGUGCUUUUCGUGCUGUUGGAAAUUCCAAUGUGUUGAAUAUACGAGCGAAGCCACAAGUUAUAUCAGCCCCAUCAACAACCACAGCUGCUGCCCCAACUUCAUCUGUCCCACCGUGCGCCUCCACAGCCUCAGCAGCUGGGGUCACACCUGUGUCUGGGUCACCACAACUCGACGCAAGGCGCAGUCGAUCACCCACGCGUAAUUCUGUGACUCCCCCUAGAGCCACGUCGUCGCCCCAGCCAACCAGCAGUCGUGCCAAAUUACCAUCUCCACCAUCAUCUGUCAUAGUUUCCACUUCCUCCUCCUCAUCACCGUCCUCUGUGUCAGUUUUGUCCAGCUCCAAAUCCAGCCAGACGACAACGUCAUCCUCAUCUGUGUCGUCGCGGUCUGUUACUCACUCAUCUGACAGUCGUACAGUACCCACUGGUGCUAAUGCUCAGGUAUUCCACUCAUCGCACAAAUCCUCAAGUCACUCAUCACACAGGUUAGAUCGUUCCAGCUCUGCCCACAAAUCAUCGUCGUCUAGCACUGCUGCCAGUCACCAACAUGUACCCAAGCCUGGCUCUGUCGGCAUGACAAAUUACCAUUCUCAGCGGUCUGGCACCUCCACUAAUCACCAAGGACCAGCAUUCCUGUCACCCGAGUUAUUAGCCAUGCAGAAAUCAAUGGCUACCAGUGCUAACAUCACACCACCCAAUGUUGUCAUAGGGCCAUCUGGGGACGGACCCAUUGCAGCUCUUCAACCUUCCAAAGACAAAAAGGAGAAGCGAGACAAGGAGAAAAUCAGUCUUGUGAAACGUUUGACCUCUGGGAAGAGUAGAAAAUCCAAGUCAACAGCAGUAGAGGAUGCGGGAUCAGCGGCCGCUGCAGCCUCCGGAGCAGCAAGCUCCCUUGUGUUGGAAAACAAUAACACUAUUUCCCAUGUACGGUCAGGCUCGUGUCCCUCGGACACCUCCAGUCUGUUGUCAGUUGAGACCCCUUUACAUGUAAAGACUGGCUCGUUUGACUCAUCUGUCGCCCCUCCACAGCCAUCCAAACCAAAGAGACCAAACCCUCCCCUCAGGGAAAAGUGUAGAUGUGUUGUACCAUACCCUCCUCAAAGUGACAUUGAACUAGAGCUUAAGAUCGGAGACAUUGUUAACGUCCACAAGAAACGUGAUGAUGGAUGGUACAAAGGUACUCAGCAGAGGACAGGGAAGACCGGAUUGUUCCCAGGAAAUUUUGUUGAGAAGUGCGUCUAAAUUAUUCUUCACCAAAGAAAUGAUACUCGAACAAAGCCAGACAACCCAUCUCAAUUUAGUGCUAAGAUUUCAAGGUAAAACCUUAAUGUCUGUUAUAAUGAAUUUAAAUGAGAAUGAUAUUCUAGUAAAUCUUGUGUGAAACUUCAUAUGAUGAAUUUACACUAUUUAGACAAAGUUCUAUGCAAUACUUAGCUCAAGCAAAGCCAAAAUAACGUCUGAAACCAUUGAGUUAAAGAAUGCUGUAUGUCCUAACAAGAGCAUAUACACCUUAACCCUAUCACCCCUAAGUAACUUGAGUCGACUCUAUCAUACAUUCAUAUGGAUGAGUCCAUUAUGGUCUACAGUGGUGAAAGGGCUAGUGAGGAUGCUCCCCGUACAAGUCUGUCUAGUGAUUUUAAUAUUUACCAAAAGGCGUUCAAAAAUGUUUAUCUUGUCUUUGAAUUAGAAAUUAUCAACAAAUUAACAAAAAAUAAUUUUGUUAAUGUCAAAAAUAAAUUUGUUUUGGACAAACUUUUACUCUGUAGAGUGGUUUGACUGCAGUCAGUGGAAUCAAGUUCUUUCAUGAUCUUUUCCAUAGUUGUAGAGAGAGAUACAGAUGACAGUGAAACAAGGAAAUACCGUACAAUUUCACAAGAAAAGACAUAUCGAUUAAUACUUUGAAUCACAAAUGGAUGGAAAUACAUCUUAGGCUAUUCCAUAAUUUAUUGUUAUAAGGCGGAUGUGGGAGGCACUUGUAUUCAUAUAUUAUGGUUGGUGGGGUUAAAUCCAGGGCCUAGCUGUAUUCAUGAAACCCUUCUCAUGCUUAAACUGAGAUUCUGUGCUCAAGCCCAUUAUCUUGUUCUGGUGAUAAAUUUAGGAACACAACAUUUUGUUAAGAAUUUAGAAAAAAUCUUGAAGUGACUUCAAACAGAAUAUUGUUUAAAAUGACUUAUUGACCUUAUCACAUGAUUUAUGUUCGUUUAAAGAAAGUUGCCUUGAGGACAGAAUCCAUGCUUGGGCACGAGAACGCUUUCAUGAAAACCGGCCCAGAUGAGCCUUAUGUUCCUAAUAUCACUUUUAAGAUUUUAUGGGUUAUGGUAGCUGGAAUAGUGCCUAGCUAAAAAAAAAAAUCUUUAAUAUUGUAACGCCAUUUGUCAACUAUUCAGUCCAUGCCUGAAGCUCUUGUUAGGACAUAUAGUACUGUUUAUUAACAAUAUAUGCCAGAACUUAAUUAACAGGACUCAAAUUUCAACUAGUCCUUGAGCAUAAUUUUUGAAUAAAUUAUUAUAAUGAUGUUUAUUGAAUUGAGAGGAAGAGGUCACUAUAGAAUCUUGAAAUGUUUUUGCAGAAGAAAGCACAAAAUUGAUUUCGGCCAGUGUAUAUUGUCAUUUUGUUCAGGAGAAACCACUGAAAAUAUUUCAUUAGUUCUUGAUACAAAGGAAGGAAAGUUCUUGUUUAUAUAUAUUUGAAGUAAAAAAUUGGCUAAAUGAAAAUUAAUAGUGAAUGUUUAGCAUGACUAGUUGUAUAACUGGCACUAGCAAGUGAAUGAAACGAAGAAAUGAAAGUCCACCAGUCUAUUUGAAAACAAUUUUGAAGAAAGCUUUUAUGAUUGCAAAAAAAAAAAACACUGUAAAACUGCCAUUUAGAAGUUGACAGCUCCGAACAAUAAACCCACCAUACUCAAAACUGCAAGAUAUAUAUCAUUGUAAGUAAUUUUUUGAAAUUUUAUUCUUUUCCAAGCUUGUGUUGUGUACUGGUUUAAAUAUAAUCUCAUAAUGUUAAAGAAUCACAGAUAUUUCACAGAUUAUUCCUGUGACAGUGAAAUGGUGCAUAUGUUGACAUUGAUUAAUGAAUUGGCUGAUAGUUUGAAUAAAUGUUGUUUGUAAGAAGAUGAACAGGGCUUUCAUGUGUAAUACAAGUAUGGAGAAGUGUAACUUAUCAGUUGAAUGUACAAGAUUUACUCUCUCUUUUUUGCAACACAAAUAUUUUAUUUUAUUAAAGUUCAGAAGUACAAAAUAAUGGUACAUCAGAAAUAUUAAGUUUGGUAGUCUUACAUUUGAUAUAACAUACAUUGUAUAUCUGUUUCUAAAAAGUAAUUGGAAUGGCUCAAAGAAAUAUUGAAUAAAUCAAAAAGAUAUAUAUUCUGAAUUAUAAGGACUUGGCAAAGACAUAUUGAAAAUUAUAAUCUUUUAAGGGUCUGAAACAUAAAAAAUGUGUAAUAUAUUUACAGUUCUCGUCGAUAAAGAUAAAAACAACUUAAUUUUAAGAUACCUGUAAUUCUGAAAAUCAUUAUGGCCAUCAGGUAUUGUUCACAUGGCUUUAUGGUCAACAUUAUUAAUUAAUCAGUUCCAAUCAAAAACAUACCUCUUGCAUAAUCAUAUAAUAUACCCAUGUUAUAUGUACACACAUCCAAUCAACGUCUCAGAUUCUACUUGGCAGCAAGCACUCUGUUUAAGACGCUAUUUAACUAACAGUAAUACCUCAACAUUCGUUUUCAUCUUUCCAGCGGCUCCUUUUUUAUAUUUAAUUAUAUUUAGGGAUUGAAAGAUAACACUUCAUGCCAGCAGCUUUGAAGAUGUCGUGUUUACUUCGAAAUCAUACGUACUCAUGAUAUACGCCGACAAGUAUUACACGUCCAUGUAACGAGGAUCCCGAGUGGACCUAAGUAGUACAUGUAUCUGUGUAAUACGUGGAUGUUAUCAACACAAGUCCACUGAUUCCUAAAACAAACAUGGAAACUCUAUUAACAAUCAUAAACAAUCACUAUGCAAUUUUAUUUAGGGAAAAAAAGUAAACAUUGAUCAUGUACACGAUAUUUAUUUAAGUACUCGGUGAUGGAUCCAAAGACUGAUCUGACAGGUGGGGUUUCUAUUUAUGGGUGGUGAGAUUAUAAAUUAGAAAAUGUAUAUAAAUCAAACUGAUCUACCGCUGGUAUCAAUAAAUGACAAUACUAGUUUACUGAAUUAAACAUUGCCACAAAGAUUCAAGUUUCUAGUAUACAUUGUAAUGAGUGCAUAUUGAACGUGACAGUGUUAAAAUAACGCUUCAAUUUAUAGAUGGUAUUAAGACAACAUGUUCAAUCAGUAAAUUCAAGAUAUAUUUGUCUUGUGGUAUUGUGGUUAGACAUAUGUGUAUCUCCAGCAGAUCUUGACAGCUCUGAUCUUGAUACAGUCUAUGACCUGCUUCAAUAACUUAAUUACAUAUUUAUUAUACUAAGUCAAAUGUUUUUUAUUUAUUUUUUCAAAUACACCUGGUUUAAAAAUUAAGGUUAGGUGUAUCAUGGUUUCUCUUGAGAGUCUUAUUGAACGGCAGAAUGUUCAUGUUUAAAGUUCAAUAAUUAGGAAAAUAUCAUUGAUUUAGUUUCUGUUCAUCCAUUAUUAAGACUCUAAAGCUUGUUAUAUCGAAGUCCAUAUUUACACGUUCCCCAAGUAAUGUCAGUAGAAAUCAGUUAGGUGUUCUAUAUUUCUGUUGCCAUGCAUAUUUCAAAACUUAAUCACUACUAUCUCUAUGUCAGGAGAUAUCAUGUGUGGCUACAUGUAUUUGUCUCAACGUUCACUGCCUCUCCCAAUGUUUUGUUUUAGAAAUCCAAUAUAUGAUUUUCAAAAUGCUAACUUAUAAUUACCAUAUAUUUUUUGUUUUGUCU